GGCUCUUAGUUCAGAUUAAACGAAUAUUCGAUUGUUAUUCCGCUCAUGUACGCAAACCCGCUAAAGCAUUGAUUUGUAUGUAGGGAUAUAGCUAGCGAAUAGUAUUCUGCGACUACAUUAGGUAUAGUAUUAGCUGGCUAACGUAGCUAAAUGUUUCCGAGAUGCUAACCUAAGAUUACUGAGACCUUUGCAGUUUGCAAACAGAUAAACAACGAUGUCUGGAAGUUUCUACUUUGUCAUGGUUGGUCAUCAUGACAAUCCAGUCUUCGAGAUGGAAUUUCUCCCUCCUGGAAAAGCAGAAUCCAAGGAUGACCACAGACAUUUGAAUCAAUUCAUUGCUCAUGCAGCCCUUGAUUUGGUUGAUGAGAACAUGUGGCUGUCCAACAACAUGUACCUGAAGACUGUGGACAAGUUCAACGAGUGGUGUGUGUCUGCAUUUGUCACUGCUGGUCAUAUGAGGUUCAUCAUGCUUCACGACGUACGCCAAGAAGACGGGAUCAAGAACUUCUUCAGCGAUGUUUAUGACUUGUAUAUUAAGUUUGCAAUGAAUCCCUUCUAUGAAGUUAACACACCCAUCCGCUCCACAGCCUUUGAAAGAAAAGUGCAGUUCCUGGGGAAAAAGCACCUCUUAAGUUGAUUCAAAGUAUCUUCUGUGUUGAUCGUUUACCCAAGUUUUCAUUAAAAUGUUCAAAUUUCAUGUUUGUUUACUUACUCUGGCUACUAUAGGUCAUGUUUGUCUUUCUCCCUUUACCAUUUGUAAGAACUGAUUUUGAAAUUUCAACAUGUGCAAUGUUUACUCUGCAGUAUUUCCCCCAUCACUAUGCAUGCCUUCUCUGUCCUCUUCCCUAUCACUAUAUGACUCUUCUAAAAUUAUAUAAAAGCCCAAAUGUACCCUUGUAAUAUGGUGGAAUAUGGUUUUUUUUUAAAAACAAAAAAAACCCCCAAGCAACCUUGUAAUAUAUGAGGAAGAAACUGUGCUCUUAUACCGAUGAUCUCAUUUCCACGAGCACACAAUCUGCUUUUAGAAAAUUGCAUCUUGUAAACUCCUCAACCUUAAUUAAAAACCUUAUACAAUU